AUGAUGGUAGCGGCCAUAUCGGUCAUGUUCGCGGGUUUCCUGAGGUUCAACGACCUAGCCCACAUUUCCCUCAAGCACGACCUGCUCACCCUGCAUGACACUCACAUCGCCAUUAGACUUCCCAGGUCCAAAACGGACCAGGAGGGCAAAGGGCAGACCGUAGGGGUUACAGGUUACCAGGCCGCUGCGGCCACCAGGUUUCUCAGCUCAUGGUACAGCCCUCAGGAGGAAAUCGCAAUCCAACAGCUCUCUGGAGGUGGACGGAAGGCAACCACCACCACCGCCGGUGGUGGUGGUGGACGGCUCCGAGCUCGGGUUCGCGAGCAUCACCUCAUACACUCAAACAUGCAGACGCAAGUCGCGUCAUUUACGUAA